UAGCAGCAGUAUGGCUAACAAAUCGCUGUGGUUUGUGUUCCUUGGUGUAGUUCUUUCGCUCAGGGGCGAAGUGCACGGGUUACGCCAUUUUUGGCGAGGAAAAACCUUUCAUCGCGAUCUUCCGAGCCGGACCAUAAAGACGCAAUUGCACUCCAGCAGUGCGGACGUUCCGGAUCUGUUUUUUGUGCAGCAACUCGAUCACAAUGAUCCCACGAAUCCGGCGACAUGGCAGCAGCGAUACUACGUAAACGAUCAAUUUUUUAAUGCGUCCAAUCCGAACACUCCGGUGUUUCUCAUGAUCGGUGGUGAGGGUGAGGCAACUGCUAAAUGGAUGCACCAGGGCGCGUGGAUUCAUUACGCCGAAAAGCAUGGCGCCUUGUGCUUCCAGCUUGAGCACCGGUUCUACGGAAAAAGUCAGCCGACUCCGGACCUGUCUACGAAGAACCUCGCUUAUCUGACCUCGGAACAAGCGCUGGCGGAUCUGGCGUACUUCAUUGUGGCAAUGAACGAAAAGUAUAACCUCCACCCACACGAGCACCGGUGGAUCGCUUUCGGUGGUUCCUAUCCGGGUUCGUUGGCGGCGUGGCUGAGAGAAAAAUACCCAUCGCUGGUGCACGGUUCGAUCAGUUCCAGUGGACCGCUGCUGGCUAAGAUCGAUUUCAUCGAGUACUACGACACGGUAACUCGCUCCCUUGCCCGCUACUCAACCGACUGCGUUGAUGCGGUCGCAAGUGCCGUCAAGCAGGUUGAUACACUGCUCAAGCACAUGAUCGGUCAGCGUACGCUCAACGACAAAUUUAAGCUUUGUGAUCCCGUCGAGAAAUCGGUCGGAAAUCCGCUGGAUGUGGCCAGUCUCUUCGAGGCAAUUGCAUCCAACUUUGCCGGCGUGGUGCAGUACAACAAGGACAAUAGUCCACACGCGACCGUUACGAUCGACGAAAUUUGCGACGUAAUGAUGAACCAGACCAUGGGUGCACCGGUUAGCAGGCUGGCAAAAGUGAACCUAAUGCUUUUGCAAUCGAGCAACGAAACGUGCCUGGACUACUUGUACGAUAAGACUGUACAGCAGAUGCAGAACACCUCGUGGGAGUCUCCCACUGCUAGUGGAGCCCGCCAGUGGACUUAUCAAACGUGCAACGAGUUUGGCUUCUAUCAGACGUCCAACAACGCCAGUUCCCUUUUCGGUGAUCAUUUUCCGGCCGAAUUUUUUGUGCGUCAAUGCGCCGACAUCUAUGGCGCUCGGUUUGGGGCAGACUCGCUUGCACGAGCAGUUUACAGGACGAACACUAACUAUGGAGCGCUUGAUCCGGCCACUACUAACGUGCUGUACGUCCACGGUAACAUCGACCCGUGGCAUCGUUUGGGAUUGACCGAGAGCAACGACAUUCACAUGCCGACGAUCCUGAUCGAUGGUACGGCGCACUGUGCGAAUAUGUAUGAGCCGAGUGAUAAUGAUCCUCCACAACUGAAGCAGGCCAGAUUAGAAAUUGAUACCUUUAUUACGAAUUUAUUGGCAAUGUGACACGGCGGGAAUGCUUUGUUUGAAACCCAAAUCUUCACGCUAUACAUUU